AUGCCACAAGGAACGCUUGAAGUUCUUCUCGUUAGUGCCAAAGGCCUCCAGAACACUGAAUUUCUCUCUAAGAUGGAUCCCUAUGUCAUUCUCACUUGCCGCUCCCAGGAACAAAGAAGCAGCGUAGCAUCAGGUCAAGGAUUAGAACCAAAAUGGAAUGAGAACUUUGUUUUCACAAUCAACGCUGGUGCGUCAGAACUCAAUCUGAAGAUAAUGGAUAAAGAUACUUUCACCAAGGAUGAUUUUGUUGGAGAAGCGACCAUUCCUUUAGAGCCACUGUUCGUCCAAGGAAGCCUCCCAUCAACUGCAUACAGUGUUGUCAAGGAUCGGGAAUAUUGUGGAGAAAUUAAAGUUGGCCUAACUUUCACUAUCGAGGGAGACAGCAGUUGGGAGUGCUGCACAGAGGAAGCUGUGAAGUAUGGUGGUUGGAAAGAAUCAUCUUACUAG